AUGGAAGCAGAAUCAUCAGCCUACAAGGGUUCACCUUCCAAGAUGGUCGACCCCACCGACGACCUUACCUCUGUCACCGUCCAGCCCCUUGACAACACCACCAUGGGCGAGACCUCCAGCCUGGGCCACAUGCCAAGGGAGCGCUUCAACGCCGGCAAGUUCAUCAAAUCCUUUGGCAGCAAAGACGCCUGGCUGGGCGACUAUGACUACCUCUCGCUCUUCAUCCCCAACAUCCCCGGCUUCACUCGCCGAGAGUUGCCAUUUUACGGUAUCCAUGACCGCCUCCCCUACCUCCUUGUCCUCAUUCUCGGUAUUCAGCACUCUCUUGCCAUGGUCGGCGGUCUUGUGGUGCCCCCUCUACUCCUCGGCGGUGUCGCAGGCGCCAACCUCGGCACUGAAGUGCAAAGCUAUCUCGUCUCGGCAUGUCUGAUCUGGUGCGCUGUGGGAACGGUCUUCCAGAUCACUCGUAUGAAGAUCAGGGGCACCAAGUACUACUUCGGCACUGGUCUCAUCAGCGUCACCGGUACCUCGUUUGCGUUCGCCAACGUCGCUCUCAAGUAUCUUCAGCAGUCCUACGAGAACGGCACAUGUCCCACUGACAGCUCGGGAGUCAAACUGCCAUGCCCCGACGAGUUUGGCGCGAUCCUCGGCACCAGCGCACUCACCGGUAUCCUCGCCAUUGGCAUGGCCUUUAUCCCUCCUCGCCUGAUCCGCAAGAUCUUCCCGCCUCUGGUGACAGGUACCAUGCUCAUGUUCAUCGGCGCCGCCCUCGUCACCUCGGGUGUUACCAACUGGGCUGGCGGUUCGGCCGCAUGCGCGACCGACCACACUGUCAAGUGCACUGCCGGUCGCCACGAGGAGUACUGGGGCUCGGCCAAGUUCCUGGGUCUCGGCUUCUCAUGCUUUUCGGUCAUCAUCCUUUGCGAGGUUUUCGGCUCGGCCUUUAUGAAGUCUGCUUCAGUCUUCCUUGGACUCGUGACGGGCAUGAUCAUCGCCGCUGCCACGGGAUACUUUGACAGCCAGACCAUCAAGAACGCGCCCGGUGGCACUUUCCUGUUCGUUCACACCUUCAAGCUCAGCCUCCGUGGUCAGCUCGUGCUUCCCAUGCUGGCGUCUUGGUGUGUCAUCAUCGCGGAGUCAAUCGGCAACAUUACUGCCUCUGCCGAUGCUUCUCGCGUUGACAUCACCGACGAAAGGUUCAUGACUCGUGUGCAGGGAGGAAUGUUGACAGAUGCAAUCUCCGCUACACUCGCUGGUCUCAUGACUGUCCCCCCUCUCACGACGUUUGCCCAAAACUCGGCUGUUAUCGCCCUCACUCGUAACGCCUCGCUCCAGUCCGGCUACAUGUGCGCGUUCAUCCUCCUCAUCAUGGGCGUUGUCGGCAAGUUUGGCGCCAUUUUUGCUGCUUGCCCACCCUCGGUCAUUGGCGGCUUCACCACUUUCCUCUUUGGCUCAGUCACCGUCUCGGGUAUCCGUGUUCUUGCCUACUGCAAGUGGACUCGCCGUGACCGCUUUGUCGCGACCGCCGCCGUCGCUCUGGGCAUGUCCUCUCUCUGUGUCCCCAACUGGUUCUCGUUCAUCUUCACCUACGAGGGCACCAACAAGGGUCUCUCGGGCCUCAUCCAGGCCGUCGAGUUGAUUGUCGAGGAGUCGUACCUCAUCGCCGCUCUUGUCGGUGCCUUCCUCAACGCCGUCCUUCCUUCCGAGAUUCCCGAGGCGAGCGUUACCCCCCUUGAGGAGAAGGAAAAGUGGAACGCACCUGGGUCGCUCGCAGACGGCAACCGCCAAGACACCCAGCGCCCGGAGGACCUCGAGGCCGCCGCCCACGGCCACUAG